UCUCGUUCACUAAGGACAAUAAAACCGAGACAACAUUAGAGAAGCAGUUCAACCCAGCUCCUGUCCGAGUCUCCGCCGGUCAUACGGACACAGCGUCCUGGCCGAUUUACAGCAGGUUCCUUAACUUCAGCUCAGUAGACUUCAGCUAACAAGCUAAUAUAGCGUUAUGUCGGAGCACGGGAACAAUGAAGAGCUGGAGGUGGAGGAAGAUGAGGAGGAAAACACGGAAACAACCUCCCAACCAGGUGGAGACGAGGUGCACGCUGACAGGUCGACAGACGUGUUGCAGACUGUAGAAGAAGCUGAAACUCAGGCUGAUUGGCCCAGUGAUGCCGAACAGCUUAGAGAUCCUCAGAGAAAAGAAAAUGUUGGGAACUCCACAGCUACAGUGAAGGUGGUGCUGGUGCCAGAGGGUCAUGUGAUGACUGUGGCCUUCGCCAUCGGGCUUAGCAUUAAGGAACUGAAGUGUCACCUCGCCUCAGAGCUCAGAGUUCCUGCUGAGGUGCUUCAGAUCUCUCUGGAAGGCAGAGUGGUGGAGGAGGAGCAGAGCCUGAUCGAACUCGGCGUCCGGCCUCAUGGCUCCACCCGGAUGGAGAUGAGCUCCACCGACCCGACCACCCCACUCCGUCCCCUUCGUCCCCCAGAGCAGGACAACAUGCAGGACGUCAUUACCGUCCGUGUCCAAACAGAUGAGGGCGAGUUCCAGGAGGUGGUGGUGGAGAUUGAGCGUCCCCGCCAGUGGAAGCCCUUUCUGGGCGGCUACAGACACCGGCUGACUGGUAUAGAGUACCACCACGCUGCUGUCCAAACCCUGCACAUUAGGAGACCUGACAGAGGAGUGGUUGUCUUCAGCCGUGACACACAGACAGUACAGCUGAAGUCUCAGACCCAGCAGUGUCCGGUCGACGUCUCCUCCCAGACGUCCACAGUGGGCUGCUACAUCUCCUCUAUGAAGGACAAGCUGAUCAGCCCUGGCAAAUACACAACUGCUGACGAGUAUCAUGAGAGGAGGCUGAGAGCUGUGAUCUGUCUGCAGUCGUUUACCCGGCGCUGGCUGGCUCAGCAGGAGGUGGCCGGGCUGAGGAGGGAACGGAACCGGCGGAUAGCCUGGCUUGACAUGCAGGACAGGAUGAGGGCGGAGGACAAGGAGAAGCAGCUGAGAGACCGUCGCCAACGCUGGAUGAACCCGCAGACGAGAGAGGACUUCAACCUGAAGUACCAGGCUCUAGAGAAGUGGAGGUGUGAGGAGGAGCAGCGGAUUAACUCGUCCCUGCAAGGAGCUGAGAGGAAGGUGGCUCUCUGCGAGCUGCUGGACCAAGAGACGCAGCUCAUCGGCGCCAUUGAACGCCAUCGCAUUGCCUUCCAGAAAGACAACUACCACAGAAGUGUCAGGAACUUCCUGGACAAGUGUGCGGCUCCUCGUCAGUGGCGAGCAGCUGACGGUCGGCUGAUGAAGAAGGAAAGUCAACUCACCAUCAGAGCGAAAGAGCUUCGAGAUCUGUACAACAACAUCAACCAAUCCACUGACAGCCAGGAUCAGAGACUCAGCGUCCUCAUGAAACUCAAACACACCGUCAAUGAACAUAAGUGUCAGCUGACCCGGGAAAUCGUGGAUUUGAUCGACAGGGAGGUGGACCUGAUGUUUCGGAACCUUAACACAAAAGACCUGGAGGGGUUGAAGAGGAGGAUCUCCACUUUGUUCCUCCAAUACAUCAAGACACCAGAGUUUAACCCUGAGGUGACCAAGCUGCUGAAGUAUCCCUCCAAGUCAAAGAACGACAUGGCCCUGUGCCUUGCCUGUCAUCGCUACCUUCCCUCUACCGACUUCAGGCCAUCCGUCAGAACCGAUUUGAGCGGUCGGUGCCGCCAUUGCACUGGACUUGACAACAUAGCAAGAUGCCGUGAAGACUUAUCCUGCUACAAAAACAUCCUGAGGAGGCUGAGAGCUGACGAGUUGCAGAUCAACAAGGAAACAAAGAUUCCCUUCCUGCUGCAGGUGGAGGACGUGCAGUACCUGAUUGAGGGUGUCUGGGCCUCUCGCUCGGCCCUUAGUGCCAGCAGUGACCUCUACAACCUGGUGUUCGUCCGCUGGGAGAACCAGAGGGACUGGAGCCCCUGGAACUGCAUCCUGCUGUCCAAAGAAGAAGCUCCUGUUCACAUGGUGGUAGAAGACGUCCACGAGGUGUAUGGGCCGACGUUCAUCCACAGCAUCAAUCUCAAACACAUGCAGGCUCGGCGCCAUUUCAGCCAGAUCUCCAACAUAGUCAAGUACAUGGACUCUCAGCUGACCGUUUCCCUGGGCAACCAGCUUGUCUCCAAGCCCAUCCCCAUGGCGACAGUGAUGGCCACCGACAACACGCCGGCCUCAAGUCAUUAAGAAACAAACAU